AUGGCACAGACACAGCAGGGUUUUAACAGUGAGAAGAUGCUGAUGGACAAAAAUGAAACUUGGCUCUCCAAUUUCUCCUCUGCUGCCUCUUCCUUUGUGAAAGGAGGCAGCAACGGGGCAGGGAUCGGCGUCCAGGAGGUGGUCAUUGGACUGAUACUAAGCCUCAUUGACUUGAUCACGCUCCUGGGAAAUACAAUAGUCUUCAUCUGCCCAGUGGUGGAAAAGAGGCUGCGCACCGUCACCUAUAUGUUUAUCAUGUCCUUAGCCACAGCAGACUUCCUCGUAGCUUGUCUGGUCAUGCCCUUUAGUAUCAUUUACGAGGUGACGGGGAUGUGGUUGUUUGGGAAGCUGUUCUGUAAAGUCUGGAUCUCCUUUGAUGUCAUGUUCUGCACUGCAUCCAUUGUCACGUUGUGCUUCAUUAGCCUGGACAGAUACUGCUCCGUGGUGACCCCGUACCACUAUUCAAGAAGGAUGUCCCGUGGCAGAUGCAUUGUGAUGACCUGCAUGGUCUGGGUAUACUCCUCCCUGAUUUCCUUCCUUCCUGUCAUGCAAGGCUGGAAUGAGAUCCCUGGGGUGGACUUUGAUGCAGGCAGAGAAUGCAUCUUUGUCACCAACUGGAUUUUUGCCAUCGUGGCUUCUGCUCUGGCAUUUUUUGUCCCCUUCAUGGUCAUGUGCAGCAUGUAUUUCUUCAUCUACCGAGCUUCACGGCUCAAGGCCACUCGGAUCAUGUCUCAGACCCUGGAGAUUCACUACCACCCCAACAGCAAGCGGCAGAACCAUCUGCAGCUGGAGAACAAGGCCACGCGGACCAUCAGCAUUAUCAUUUCAGUCUUUGUGCUGUGCUGGCUGCCGUACUUUGUCCUGAAUGUCUGGCUCGCUGCCAGAGGCACCGACUCCACCAGCACAGUCUUGGUUGACACCUUCAAGAUCAUCACUUGGUUAGGGUAUUGCAACUCCACCAUCAACCCAAUGCUCUACGCUUUCUUGAACCGGGACUUCCAACGGGCCCUGAAGAAGCUGCUCAUUUGCAGGCACAGGUCUCAGGUGGACAUUGGAGAAGACAUGGUUUCCAUAGCCACGUUUUCCAAGACUGCUCCAGACCUAGAAUAUAGCAAUACGGUGCCAGUGCCCAAUGGUGCCCUGAAAGGCAAACCCAAGUAAUAGGGAUUCAGAAUCAGUUGCUGGAGGUGGUGGUACAGAAAGUGCCAGAGCA